AGCUGCUGCCACCAAUCAAGAAAGGAAGCACACAGGAGAAAUCAUGCGUGAGUGCAUCUCUGUUCACAUUGGCCAAGCUGGAGUUCAAAUCGGCAAUGCAUGUUGGGAACUCUUCUGUCUGGAGCACGGCAUUCAGCCAAAUGGCACCUUCAUCGACCAGCCCAGCGAUGAUGACUCUUUUGCCACAUUCUUCAGAGAGACAAGCUCUAGAAAAUAUGUGCCCCGUGCUAUUAUGGUGGACUUGGAGCAAACUGUAAUAGAUGAAGUGCGGACUGGCACCUACCGGCAGCUUUUCCACCCAGAACAGCUGAUCGCUGGAAAGGAAGAUGCGGCAAAUAAUUACGCGCGUGGCCACUACUCUAUUGGCAAAGACAAAAUUGAUAUGGCAUUAGAUCGUAUCCGCAAGAUGGUAUGCACUGUUACAUUGGAAGCAAGACCCUAG